GUCACAGUUUAGAUCCCUUGGUUUUCUAUCUCCAUUCUCGAUUUUGCCCUGCCGCCCUCUUCAGUCGUCUCUACCCCUGUUCAUGGCUUCUCUGUAACUAGGUUUUGAUAUUCGAUCUUCAUUGGUGUCUAUCCGGCCGACUUGAGAAAGAUGCCUGCCCCAAUACUGGAAAUGGAGCCGGUGGAGCCUCAGUCUUUGAAAAAGCUCAGUUUCAAAUCCCUAAAGCGUGCACUCGAUCUUUUCUCUCCCCUCCAUCACCAGCUUCCUCCGCCUGAUAUUGAAAGCAAGAAGAUACGGAUCAGCUACAAGCUCAAUGCCGAGUUUGGAGGAAAGCCUUCUGGUCAAGCUAAGUCAGAGGAACCUCAGCUAACAUCGUCUGCUUCAAAUGCUUUAGCUCUCACAGGGAAUUCUAUUAACUCGAAGAAUGAUGGUUCUCAAACUGACUUAGUUGUUGGUCCAACUGCUAAACUAAAGGGGCUGGAUGUCGGUGGGUCAGGUAAAAGCAAUGCAGUUAUUUCAGCUCCUGGGUUGUCGGACAGGAAUCUCUCAACAUCUGCUAUCAUGGAAAGAAUACCAAGCAGAUGGCCUCGUCCUGUGUGGCGUCGUCCAUGGAAAAAUUACAGGGUGAUUAGUGGUCAUCUGGGAUGGGUAAGAUCUGUUGCAUUUGAUCCGAGUAACCAAUGGUUCUGUACAGGCUCUGCUGAUCGUACGAUAAAGAUAUGGGAUGUAGCAAGUGGAAAGCUGAAACUCACUUUAACAGGACACAUUGAACAAAUACGAGGUCUUGCUGUUAGUGAGAAACAUACAUAUAUGUUCUCCGCUGGUGAUGACAAACUAGUUAAAUGCUGGGACCUUGAGCAGAAUAAGGUUAUCCGAUCUUACCAUGGUCAUCUAAGUGGUGUGUAUUGCUUGGGUUUGCAUCCGACUAUAGACAUUUUAUUUACGGGUGGGCGUGAUUCUGUUUGUAGGGUGUGGGAUAUUCGUAGCAAGACACAAAUUUUUGCUCUUUCUGGGCAUGAGAACACGGUUUGCUCAGUUUUCACUCGACCACUGGACCCUCAAGUUGUCACUGGCUCCCAUGAUACCACCAUCAAGUUUUGGGAUCUUAGAAGAAAUGGCAGAACAAUGUCAACCCUCACACAUCAUAAGAAGUCAGUACGAGCAAUGGCUUCACAUCCCAUAGAAGAUUGUUUUGCUUCUGCAUCCGCUGACAACAUAAAGAAGUUCAACCUGCCCAAAGGAGAAUUUCUGCACAACAUGCUGUCUCAGCAAAAAACCAUCAUUAAUGCAAUGGCAGUAAAUGAAGACGGUGUAUUGACUACUGGAGGUGAUAAUGGAAGUUUAUGGUUUUGGGACUGGACAAGCGGGCACAAUUUCCAGCAAACCCAAACAAUUGUUCAGCCUGGUUCAUUGGAAAGUGAAGCUGCUAUUUAUGCUCUUUGCUACGACAAAACCGGCACUAGACUAAUCAGUUGUGAAGCAGACAAGACGAUUAAGAUGUGGAAGGAAGAUGAAAAUGCAACUCCCGAAUCUCAUCCCCUCAACUUCAAGCCACCUAAAGAUAUUCGAAGGUUCUGAUUCCUAGGUGUUUUUUUUUAUUAAAUUGUGUCUUGACCAUUAAAUUUCAAACUAUGGAUUAUCAAUAGUAUGUUUAAUUGUCUUGACCAUAUUUUGAGUUUG